CAGAGAUCACAACACCUAAUACACCAACAAGCACAGCUUCAGUAGCUUCAUCUGCCACAUCAACCACUGCUGCCAUGACGACGUUGAAACCUAUAGAAAGAACUAUUGCAACAUUGAACCAAACAACAAACAAAGUCAUUUCUGCAACAACAGCUGAAACAACUUUAGUCACAGAAACAGCAGAGAUCACAACACCUAAUACACCAACAAGCACAGCUUCAGUAGCUUCAUCUGCUUCUUCAACCACUGCUGCCAUGACGACGUUGAAACCUAUAGAAAGAACAACUGCAACAUUGAACCAAACAACAAACAAAGUAAUUUCUGCAACAACAGCUGAAACUACUAUAGUCACAAAAACAAACACAGCUGAAACGUCCUCAAACUCAUCAGCAACAGAGAUCACAACACCUAAUACACCAACAAGCACAGCUUCAUUAGCUUCAUCUGCUUCUUCAACCACUGCUGCUCUCACAUUAAAACCUAUAGAAACAACUAUUGGAACAUUUAACCAAACAACAAACAAAGUCAUUUCUGCAACAACAGCUGAAACUACUUUAGUCACAGCAACAGCAGAGAUCACAACACCAAAUACACCAACAAUCACAGCUUCAUUAACUUUAACUUCCAAAUUAAUUACUGCUGUUCCCACGACAUUAAAACCUAUAGAAAGAACAACUGCAACAUUGAACCAAACAACAAACGAAGUCAUUUCUGCAACAACAGCUGAAUCUACUUUAGUCACAGCAUCAGCAGAGAUCACAACUAAUACACAAACAAGCUUAGCAUCAUUAACUUCAUCUGGCACGUCCACCACUGCUGCAUUUACGACGUUAAAACCUAUAGAAACAACUACUGCAACAUUGAAAAGAACAGCAGUUGCUUUCACUUCAGCAACAACAGCUGAACCUUCUAUCGUCAAAGCAACCGCAGAGAUCACAACAAUAAAUACACCAACAAGCACAGCUUCAGCAGCUUCAUCUGCCACAUCAACCACUGCUGCAUUGACGAGUCUAGAACCUAUAGGAAGAACAACCGCAAUAUUGAACCAAACAACAGUAGCUUUCACUUCUGCAACAACAGCUGAAACGUCCUCAUACACACCAACAACCGAGAUUACAACACCUAAUACACCAACAACCACAGCUUCAUUAACUUCAUCUACCACAUCAACCACUGCUGAGCUCACAACAAUUAAACCUCUAGAAAGAACGGCCGCAACAUUGAACCAAAAAACAGUUGGAGUCACUUCUGCAACAAAAGCUGAAAUUUCUUCACACACAGCAAAAACCAAGAUCACAACACAAACAACGCUUGUAGUCACUGCUCCAGUAACUGUCAAAUCAACUUUGAAGUCAAGAACAGUUAUACCAACAAUCGCCGAUGUAUCAGGAUUCUCUACACCAACAACAGAAAGUGUUUCAGUUACUAGUGCUGCAUCAACCACAUUGGUAAAUGCAGAAAUAUCAGCCGCCACAUUUGACCAAACAACAGUCCCAGUCACUUCUCCAAUAGCUGAAGCUACCUCAACAACAUCAGAAGCAGAGACAACCACACCUUAUGAACCAACAACUGUAUCAACAACCCCAGUAAUUACAGUAAUAACACCUUUGACCACAAAAACUUCAUCUGAUCAAAUCACAUCCAUCAUUGUUUCUGCAACACAAGUUGGCACUACACCAACUACAGCACCAGCAUCAGAAACCACACGUCAUCUGCAGUCAGUGUAA